AUGCAUGCAAUGACAUGCUCGGCUCUGAGACUGCUGCCACAAUUCGGUUCACAGGAGUUGUCCAACCUCGUGCAGUCAUGCGCAACAUUGCUUUUCGUGAAGAUCCCUUUGCUUGAUGCCGUCGAAUCUUUAGCUGUCAGCUCUCUCCGCUUGAGUUUUCGACCGUUGGAGCUGAGCAACAUGGUGUGGAGCUUCGCAACGUUGCAAUCCGGAGAUGGUAUACAGUUUGCAAAGAUGGUUAUGCCCCACUUGGAAGGGCUUCCGCCAGAGGGUCUUGCAAUCUCUGCAUGGACUCUGGUCGAGUUGCGCUGCGAUGCAACAGUGCUGGAUGCCAUUGCUGAAACGGCAAAGGGGCAGGUGGCGGCCUUCGCCCAAGAGGAGUUCCGAAUGCUGCUGUGGGCGCUGCCCCAUGGUGCGUUGGACUCCGCGGUCUCACUGCUGGAGCAUGCGGAGGCACACGGGAGGCAUUUGACUGCCCAAUGCCUGAGCAGUCUGAUUGCAGAAGCUGAGCAGACGGAGCUGCACCAACUGGAGGCCAGCGGGAGGUCAACGAAGCAUCGAGCAUCGCUACCAACUGAUGGAACUCUGACGGAACUCAGGCAGCACUUUUGCAGCGGCUUGGGAGUCCUUUGUGCUCACCAUCUCCAGCCCUUUCAGACCUGGCUGCAGGACGAGACGGUGCACAAGCGAACAUACGCAACAUAUAACGUGAUCCUCGCGCUCUUCUGCGCUGGCUGCGUGUCCAUGGCCUUCGUGGCCCCGGCACCAAGCCGUCCAAGUGUGAUGCCUUCGCAGGGAGCUGCGGCCAUUGAGGCAGUUGGGAUUGAGGUGGAGCCAAGCACCUCUUCUUGCCUCUUGGCGGGCCUGAGCUUGGGUUAUGCGACUGCUGCAACGUUGGCAUUCAAGCGACAACCCCGUACUGCUCGCGCAGCGGAGCAGCCGACUCCUGCAGUGGCCAGGACCCCUGUGGCAUAUCCAAUCUUCACAUUCCGCUGGCUGGCUGUCCAUGCCCUGGUGGUCCGGGUGCCUGGAGCGGCAGAAUCAAGUGGCAGACUUUGGGCUCCAAGAGGCUCCAAGAGGCUCCAAGAGGCUCCAAGAGGCUCCAAGAAGGUAUCAAAAUAUUCAAUAUAUCAUUUUUUCCAUUUGUUUCAAAAAGAUUCAAAAUGA